GUGUGUUUGUGUGUGUGUGUGUGUGUGUGUGUAUAAAAGCCUCUGUCUCCAUGCUUUCACUUCAGUCUCAGUGCAAGACUGAAGAGAGGGGAGGGGAACACGACCAAAGGAGAUCCCUGUGUUACAGCGGGAGACAUUUCUUUGACCUUCUUCCUCACUUUCUCCCUCCUCUCCUGAUGUGUUUUGGGUUUCCGUCCUUUCCUCCUCCUCCGUCUUCUUAAGCAUCUCUGCUCUGCUUGGACGGUGGCUGCAUCGAUGCAAAAUGGGUUGUGGCAAUUCCUCAGCCACCAACACCUCAGAAGGGCCAGCAGAAGUGUCCAAGGAUGUGACAGAAGAUCCUUUGGGAGACGAUGAGAAAAGAAGGAACUAUGGUGGCGUAUAUGUAGGUCUACCAGCAGACCUGACCACUGUGGCUGCCAGUCAGUCCAAGUCCACAUGUAAAGACUAGCAGAUACUGAAGGGAACACAACACAGGAUCCUGCAUAUUCAUUCAGCUACAGACACUCAUAUUACAAGCAGAGAGCAUGUAAGUGCUCCUAUUCUGGCUCACCACACACUGAAUAACGGCUUUAACACUGUCAUUAAGCGAGGAUGUGGACAGCUUGCCGGGGAUCUGAGGACGCUGCCUCAUGGAGUCAUGGGUGGCACAGUGACUCAGGGACGCACAGCAGAGGUCUGCAUACGGCAUCCAUCAUCACCCUUCACUCUGCAAAAAAAAAUGUUUUUUUAAAUGUGGGAGCAGACAAACAUCCACCCUGUGACUGGCUGUGGGUGGCAGCAACGGGCAUUGUGACAACCAUCUUGGCUUCUUGGUGACGGCACUGGAACGUUCUCUUUCUUUCAAGGAGAAAGGGGACCCAACCAAAUAACUAACUAACUGUCUGGGACACACACACACACACACACACACACACACACACACACACACACACACACACACACACACACACACACACACACACACACACACACACACACACACACACACACACACACACACACACACACACACACACAUUCCCAACAGCCCUCUGCAAUAAUAAUUACUGCUCAGUUAUUUCUCUCAGAAGCCAUCAAUGAUUCAUUGUGUGGCAGAGGCAGAAAGUUAGAGACACCGAGAGAGUUUCGCAGAAAGCAACAGACACAUUCCUGUUAAUGCAUCACAGAACAUCAAAGGGUUAUUGAAAAUAGAAUUGAUUUCAAUCAGGGACCUGCUGCAACUAAAGAGACGGAAAAUGACACUGUUUUAAUGAUGAGUCUAAAUGCUAAUAACUAAGUUAAAUCAAGAGUGUUUUAAUCAACGUCCCAAAUGUCCUGAGUGCAUCAACCAGGUCGUACCUGGUGUUGUCACUUAACUUGUGCCCCAGACUGAUUGUGUAACAUCAGCAUAUGAGUCAUGAUACUUAGAGGAUCUCUCUCUCUCGCUCUCAUGCUCUCUCUGCAGCAUGUUGUUUUCCCCCUCAGGAGCUCUGAUUCUAGUGCUUCUGGGUAAUUCACACAGCUCUUUGCAAUCUUUCUCGGAAGUCACACUGUUCUUAUCCCACAACAUGAAAUGCGAUCUAUUAUGUAACAGCAAAAACAAAAAAAAAACAUCUCAUUAAAUUUUGUUCAGUUGCAAAAAAUUGUGAAAAAAGGAAACAUUUUAAGAGAGGCAGAGGUGGUGGUUGUAUUUUAUCGUCCCUCAUUUUUCUUACAGUUUAUUGACUUUGUUUUGUAACUGAUUCUAUUACAAUCUAUUUUAUAAAUGAUGUAUCACACUUUAUUGUGAAUUUUGUUUUUCUGUAUGUAAUCCUUGAUGGAUAAAGCUGGUGCUUUACUGUAUUUUUCUUAUUGUCAACAAGUCCCAUGAAGAGACUAUAUAUAUAUAAAUAAAAAAUCCCCAUAAGCUCGGUUCCUCUACCAGAGGCCUGAGAGCCUGAGGGUUCUGUGCAGUAUUUGGUGAAGCCACUCCCCCAGUUUGGGGGUUACAGUCCCGAGUGCUCCGAUUACCACUGGAACCACUGUUGCCUUCACAUUCCACAUCUUCUUUAGCUCCGAUUUAAGCCCUUGGUAUGUUUCCUGCCUCUCAUGUUCCUAUUUCUUGAUGUUGCUGCUACAUCUAUCACAACUACCUCUGGUAUGGACAGUUUGGUGUACUUCCUAGACCCGCUUUCCUCAUCCCUCCGAUCUUGAUCUUAGCUUCUAGCCGCCUUCUCCAUGCAGGGUACUAGGUUCAUCUUGUAGCCAAGCAUCUCUAGGAUCACUGGAGAUGCUUGGCUGUGUAUAUCAGUUUGUUGGGUUCAGUGAAAACAUCUUCAUUACAUCACAUCUUCUAGGGUACUCUUUCUCUUAGCCUUGUUAAUCGACCAGGUGGUCUCCAGGUAUCCAGCUCGCUUAUGAUCAUCUCUCUCAAGUCAGCUGCCCUUUACUUUCAGCUGCCCUUGUGUUAAGCCUGUCUUUUCUUGGGGCUCUGUACCCAACCUCAGAUUCUAGGGGGGAUGACAUCCCCCCGCUGACCUUGCGUCCUGUCCUUUUUGACACGGGUGACGUCCGAGCCGGUAUGACAUUCCUGUUUGGGGUUUUGGUUUUAUGUGGCACUAAGCACCAAGCCCAUUCUUCCCACUGAAGAAAAAUUCAAGGUAAAAACAUAUUAAAUAUAUAUUGUUACAUUUUAAUUAUUAUUUUAAUUAUUAUUUUGCACUGUAGUUUUUAGCAAAUGUACCUUAAACAGUAGUCAGGAGUGAAUAGUGCAUAUGGGACUAAAAAUAAUCUACAAUGCCCAUGUCCAUCGUCAUGAAGGAAAAUGUCACCUAGUACAACGGUGUGACUCACUGUGUUUUUAAUCGUUCUUAAACAACAAUGGAGGGCUAUGGUACAGAGGAAUAAGCUAUAUGAGGCAAAGGUUAUGUUAUGGCUGUAUAUUUGUAGGAAGGAUCAAUUCAUUGUUGUAGUCUUUUUCCCAUGAAAUCUGUUGACAAUCAGAAAAAUAUAAAAUAUCACCAGCACAGAGUCCCCAUGAAAAAACACAUUACAGCUGGGCGGGCAUUAAGGGCCAAGGUCAUUUGUCAGCCAGGCUCUUGACAGCUCUCUCUUCUAAUGAAUGUACAACAUCCUCCACUCCCCAGGGCCCUAGACGAGGGUGGAAAUAGGCCAAUGUUAAACACUUGAGAUUCAAGAGAUGUUCUUUCCGCAUUACACAAAACGCUUUCCAUGCCUGUGUGUUUGUGUAGCCUCAACUGCCCAGUCGCAUAAAAACAGGGACUUCUUUCACCAUGCCUGAACACAAGCUUACUGUUUACUGUUCCUGUCUGUUUCUUUAAGAAUGACGCCCACUAGUUGCCAAACUGUGUCACCGGUUAUCAGCUACAUUGAUACUAAGGGAUUUCAUGUACAGUAGUGUCUUUUGCAAGUAAUUUGUCAGCUCAAAUUGUCGCAGCGUUUACACUGUUCACCUGUGGUAGAGACAGAAUGUACUGCACAUACAAAGAUCUUCUUUAUGCAUUGUGUAGUUUACAGCAUAUUAUAAAAAGAGCUUCAGUGUGCCUACAGCACCACAGCACAUUGAUUUAGAACUGCACCUGAGACGUUAUAUUUUCGAUGUCCCUUUCUCUGAUGUCUACAUUUCCACGCUGCUGCUGCCUCAGUUUCCCCGCGUGAGUCUCUAACAGAGGCCUUUGGUUUUUACAGUGUGUCGUGCCGCCUGUCUCUCCCUCUUUUAUCAGUCCCUCUUUGCCCUUUAUGGUUGUUCCUCCUGUAUAUGAUGGAUGUCAUUGCCUUUGCCCUAUUCAAUUAAUCUAACAGGGAGAAGGGGACAAAAUGUAGAUGAAUAACAGUCUAAAGUCAAGUCCUCUGUAUUAAAAUGUUGCCUUGGAACAUUGUGGGAAUAGUCGUAAAAAGCUGUGCAUGUUGUUUGAAUGUUGUAGAGGUUGAGUAUGCUUAGAGAAGUAACAUAUGUUGUAAAGGAGUUCGACAUUUUGGGGAAUACAUUUAUUUGUUUUCUUACCGAGAGUUAGAUUAGAAGAUUGAUACCACAUUCAUGUCUCAGAGUGGUAUCAAUAUUCUCAUCUAACUCUUGACAAGAAAGCAAACAAAGAGUCAAUUUGUAAAAACAGAUAAAAGCCAUUAUAAAACGGAAUUAACGACGACGGAAUUUGAACGAUAUUACCUUGAGUUCACUAUUAAAAAAGCAUGAUUUAUGAAAAGGAAAUAAUAAUAAUUGAGAUUUUAUAUCAAAACAACCAAAUAUCAAUUUAAUUGAUAUUCCAUGGAUUGAAUAAAAAAAGAAGAUAAAAAAUAAAUAAAAAUGAAGACAUCUGUUUUUGCAAAUGAACCCUUCAAAUAUUUCUCCAAAAGGUCAAACUACUCCUUUAAUGUUUGGAAACAUAAGAUCCUUCAGGUUUUGUAAUUCAAUCACAAAGAAAUCACAGAAACUACUUGAGGUCAAAGCAGCUGUGAACUGUUUUAAUUAAUGAAAUGCCUCUUCACACACUGGAAAGACCUGGAGUGGUCAUUAAAAACCCACCAGUGUCUCUUUAUGCUGUUGACAGCUGUAUGAUAAUAAGAGGAAAUGACUGAAAUGAUCGGGUUUUUUCAUUGUAGGUUAUUUUUCCUUGUGUCUUUCAUUCACACUGUACUUUUCAUCAUUCAAAUGACCUGCUCCUCAUGAAUGUCAAUGUACUCCUUCUCAAAUCACAAAUCACCUUAUUCAUCAAUGAUGCUGACACGAGGAGAAUAAAAAAAACUUGACUGCCUCUGUGAAACCCAUCCAUUAACAUCUGAUUCAGUUAUUUAUGAUUAAAGACUUUUAUAUUGUCCAAGA